AUGCCGAGACCAGCCCCAAAUCUUAACAUUCCCCCAUCUUCCACCACCGUGAGUGUCCGCAUCAUCGAUACUACUACCCACAUAUCCGGUAUUCCCCUCUCCGAGUUCGUUUCCCCCGCUAUUUCAGGACACACUCACCUUUCCAUCCCCGCGUAUUCAUUUCUCAUUGAGCAUCCCUCCUCCCGCUCUCUCCUCUUCGAUCUUGGUGUCCGCAAAGACUGGGAAAAUCUCGCCCCCCGCAUUACCGAACGCAUCAAAAAUGGCGGCUGGAAAAUCACUGUUCAGAAGGGUGUACGUGAGCAACUAGAGGAACAUGAGGUAUCGGCUGCCAGUAUUGAAGCCGUAAUCUGGAGCCACUGGCACUGGGAUCAUAUUGGAGAUCCUAGUACAUUUGACAAAUCCACCGCUCUGGUCGUUGGCCCCGGGUUCAAAAAAUCCUUCACUCCGGGUUACCCUUCCGAUAAUUCCUCCCCUAUUCUUGAGAGCGAUUAUGCCGAUCGUGAACUCCGUGAAAUAGCUUUCAAUUCUGGUCUCAAGAUUGGCCGCUUCGAAGCAUUUGAUUACUUUGGAGAUGGUUCUUUCUAUUUACUCAAUAGUCCGGGGCAUACUAUCGGCCAUAUGUGUGCGUUAGCUAAGGUCAAAACGAAUCCAAAUUCGUAUGUGUUUAUGGGAGGUGAUGCGUGUCAUCACGGGGGCGAAUUUCGACCUUCACCUUAUCAUCCUCUUCCAGAAUUUCUCACACCAGCUCGUAUGCCGAGUUACGGGAUAACCUGUUCAGCGAUAGCAAGAAGGGAUGAUGGAAAACAGGUGGCGCAUGAUGUAGACGAGGCAGAGAGAACGAUUGAAAAAGUCAUGGAAGUGGACGCGUCGGAUGAAGUAUUAGUUGUUAUGGCACACGAUGAGACAUUGAAAGAUGUGGUAUCGUUUUUCCCUCGUUAUGCCAAUGGCUUUAGGGAGAAUGGAUGGGCAGAAAAGGGAAGAUGGUUAUUUUUGAGAGAUUUUGUAGGGGCUGUGAAGGAUUGA